AUGGCCUACUAUGGAGCAGACAGUGGGCAGUCUUACGGGCCUCCCAGCCCUCGACUUGAAGCUGUAGGCCAAGGCUCUCGCCGCAAAAAGCUUGCGGGCUACCUGAGAGCUGCGAAUGAGAUACGUCACAACUACUUCACCGGCGAUGAUGGCGGCGAUAGGGACGUCGGCGAGCAUGCGAGUGGUGCUGCGAAGGGAGCAUUACUGGAUGCAGCUGUGGUACGCAGCGACCAUGAGGAGAUGGUGCUGUUUCCCAGCUAUGCGAGGAGGCAUGCUAAGCACCAGCCUUCGAAAGACAUACCAAACCUGAACAAUCAGCGCGACUACUGGCACAACGAGUUCGAGAGUCACAAGGACCGAAAUGCUGUGGUCGAUGUAGACGUGAGAGGAUGGCUAUAUACACCGCACAAAGGCCCUUACACCCGCAAGCAUCGGUUGGCAAUCGGAGCGCUGAGGCAAAUCGCUGGUGUACCUCAGCCGACAGGGCGGUGGAGCGAAUCGGGCGUGCCAAGCCAAGCGCCAAGCAGGUCAGGUAGUCCAGAGCGGCAGUCACGUGAGGAAGAAGAUCUCAUCCAGCUCGAGAUCGAAAAGAUCAAUCGAAAAGGCGAACUCGAGCGGAAGAAUGCGGCUCGCGGUAUAUACACGGAAGACCCAACCAAGAGCCCUGAUCCGGAGGGCGUGUUUGGUAGCCCAAGUGCAGGCGCAUCGCCAGAUGGCCGGCAUACCAACCGUUCGUCAAUCGUCAGCUCGACAUCUUCGGCAGACGGAGGCUCUCCGACCAUUGCGCCUCUCCAGAAGCGAGCGUCGUGGUCGCAAGGCUCCAAGCUAAGCCCGGUAGAGCUUUCCAAAGCGAAUGCGCACCUGAUGCAAAGGGUGCGACCGUUCAUGAACAAUGCCAUCCAAAACAGCCCUAUCAGGCUGUUCUUCUACAAUGACUCGAACUCGAGGCAACAAACCGUAUUCACGGACGCAUCGGGUCACUUCACGCACCGCGCUGCCCUGGAUUUCGUGCCCACUCACGUGCGCAUAUUGGCCACCGAUAAGCUCUCCGCUACUGAGGAGGUUAAGGUCACCUCGCCAAAGGGAGUCAGUCUGAUCAGUGACAUUGACGACACCGUAAAGCAUUCAGCAAUCAGCAUGGGCGUAGGCGAGGUCGUGCGCAAUGCUUUUGUACGUGAACUUGGUGAUCUCACUAUCGAAGGCGUCCGUGAGUGGUACACGACUCUACACGAUAUGGGCGUAAAGCUGCAUUAUGUUUCGAACUCGCCCUGGCAGAUGUUCCCGGUUUUAGCGAGCUACUUCAAGCUCGCUAAACUGCCUAAAGGCUCUUUUCACCUCAAGCAGUAUGCGGGCUUGCUCAACGGCAUAUUCGAGCCGGUGGCGGAGAGAAAGAAGUCAUCGCUCGACAAGCUGUUUAGAGACUUCCCGGAACGGAAAUUCAUCCUAGUCGGAGACAGUGGCGAGGCAGAUCUUGAGGUCUAUGCUGACACCGCACGAGAGAACCCAGGACGCGUGCUCGGCAUCUUCAUACGGGACGUCACGACGCCCACAAGGCCCGGCUAUUUCGACCCUUCCAUAAGCCCGCCUCUGUAUCCGCAGCAGAAAAAUACCCAUUCCCGUGGUCGUAGCGGCGACAGUCUCAGCAUGUCGAAGCGCCUGUCACGACCGGCUGAUACUCGCGAUGACGAGGCUGAACUCAAAGCAGCAAUAGCGGCUUCUCUGGCGGACAUGGAAGAGGAGACGCGACGUGCACGUAGAGGUAUCAAUCCGGACGCUGCGAGGCAUGAUAGCCUCGACGGUGUCAUAGAGGGGACGUCGAAGCCAUCGCUACCGCAACGUCCGCGGGAAGAAAGGAUUGAUCCGGGCGCAAGAAUGACAGCUUCACCAGAGGAGGAAGAUCUUAUUGACUUUAGUGAGCCAACUCCAAGGAGGCCCUGGCUGGAGCCUUCAGUACCAUCUAGCUUGCUCAAGAGCAUCAAUGGCGUGGCGAAUGGGCAAAAGGCUACUCCAUCUCCACCGCCAAAGCCACAAUCGCUGCGUAGCCCGUCACCAAACAGCCAAGCAACGACGCCUACACCCGAGAACUUCGCAUCCAAGCUGCCUCCGCCCCGCCCACGGAAGCCUUCUUCAGCUGUGAAGCCCCCCUCGGCAAUGUGGCAACUUGAUGGUUCGCGGCCACCUUCGCCACUGCCACCACCUGCAAUGCCACAUAUGACAGCGCUGCAGACACAGCUCCAACCGUCUCCCCUCUCGCAGGUCUCUAGGCAAGACUCUCCGGUUACAACUACCAGACGGCCACCACUUCCAAACAGGCCAAAGAUGAUGCAGCGUUUCUCCAGUGCGGCGAACUGGCACCAUCCCCAGUCCACGACCGACCAGCCGACGCCGCCAUCGGCUCCAGCACGGCUCGAUGCACCUCGCCGUUUGUCCGGCGGAGCCACGAAAUCAAUGGAUGAGCUUCGCGCCAUGAACGACGCAACACCCCGGCCCACAACUCCGACCGGCAACAGACCACCGCUGCCUAGUCGGCGCAACGUCUCUUCCUACCCUUUCAGCCUCUCUCGCACCAAGUCGUCUAAUAGGCUCUCGGGCGGCUGGGGUGAAGACGACAGCUUUGACAGCCUGCCCGCAACUCCUAGCGAGGCGGGCAUGACGAAGAAGGAAUACCUUUGGGUUGCUCGGCUUGCGAAGGUCAAGCGUGAACUGGAGCCCAGAGGUGUGACGAUACGAACGUGGAGGACUGGGCAGGAUAUUGCGGAUGUGUGUGUGAAGUUGGUGGAGAUGGAGUUUAGAAGAAUUGAGAAGGAGGAGAAACGUGAAAUGACAUGA